AUGUCCCGUAGGAAACAGGCAAAGCCACAGUAUGUUCACGUGGACGCGCAUCUCAUCGAUCAUCCUAUGGAAAACUUCCCCACCCCAACAUGUGACGUCCAUAUUUGUGAACAAUGCUGUGCUGAAUUUUGCGAUAUAACAGACCUCCAUCAACACCAGAAAGGCUGUUCAAAAGAUCAGUUAGUUCUAAUAGUAUGUGAUAAUGAAAGCCCAGACUCUUUACCUUCCAAUCACACUUCAAGUUUUUCAAUCUUCAAUUCUGAGGAGCAAGUGAAUGGUGCAGCAAGUGAUAACAAUACAGAGGAACUUUGUGACUUUUCUAAUGAUGGAACAUCAGAAGGAACUGAUGGAUCUAUAAACGUAUAUGAAAACAGCUGUUACGACAUUGCCACGAAGUCCCAUUCACAUCAUGAUAAUGGAAAUGAUGAUGCUGAUGGCUUUAGCUCAGCAUACACACCUGUCCUACCUCAAGAGAUUUCCUUAAUUGAGUUGGGUAAAUUAUCAGUCACUAAGAGCAAUGUCUUCAUUGAGAACCUAGAAAACACCAAGGUCGCUGUUGCUCAGUUCUCACAGGAAGCUAGUUUGUGUUCAAAGGCUAACUGCAAGAACACUAGCAACAGCAAAAUGGAUGCCUCUGGUCUGAUCAAGCAGCUGUUAGCUUUGCAGCAACAGCAGGUGCAGCAACUAAAACUAACUGAAGAAGUUCGACACCAGAUAAUCCUAUUAACAGCUCAAAAUUCUGACACACCUGUAGCCACAAACACUUGUGACGGUCUAUCAGGAAUCUCUCAAACCGGUUCACUGAUAAAACUCAGCUUUCACCUUUCUGAACAGCUCGCAGCAUCCGCUGGGCUAGCAGAAAAACUAGUAAGCAAGUCUGCUAAUAUUAGCUAUGCUAAAGUGUCUAAACAUAUUAUUUCACAGACCAACCAAGAUGGCUCAAGGAGUGAUAAAGGAAACUCACAAAUGACUGAUAAAAAAGGAGAUAACCAUAAACAGAAUGACAUUAAUGAAUAUGCAAACUCCUUGCCUAGUAUCGGGGCAAUUGUUGAGGACUUGAAUGCUUUGACUGCAUUAGCCCAGCAGAGGAAAGGAAAACCACUCAAUGUGACUUUAUUGGAACACAAAAAGUCAUCUGAAGAUUGUAUAUUUAAGCACAAAUGCAAGUUCUGUGCAAAAGUAUUUGGAAGCAAUAGCGCUUUGCAGACACACUUGCGGUCUCAUACUGGAGAGCGACCUUAUAAAUGCAACAUAUGCAGAAAUCGAUUUUCCACACGUGGAAAUCUCAAAGUCCACUUCCAGCUUCACAAGGAGAAGUAUCCUAACAAACAAAAGAAUCCUCAUCCAGUUCUAGAGCACUUAGACAAUGUUCCAAACAGCACAGGAAUUCCAUAUGGCAUGUCUCUACCUCUUGAAAAGCCUGUCCCUACCUGGCUGGAGGACAGACCUUUAGUGGGUUACUCUCUUGGCUUUAUGCUUCCAACAUCUUUGCCAAAUCUUCCACACAUCAUUAAAAAACAAGAAGAUGUGGUAUCAAUAACCAAAUCUCAUAGUCCUGUUGUCAAUGAAGUGUGUGAGAGAAAUAAUGGGCAAAAAGAGUGUGAGAUAAAUUAUGGGCAAAAAGAGGUAUUUAGAAGUAGCCCUCCUCUAAUUUCAUCUGAGAAAUUUCCAGAGGUUACACAAGCCUUGAGUGUUGCUACCUUUGUAAGCUCCUCAAAGAAAAGUUCAAGAGACCAUGUUGAUUCUGAUACCACUGUCAAUUCAAGCUUACAAAGUCAGCUAAAAUUGAAGCAGCUUGAAACCAGAUUUCUUUUGGGAGGUCUUCCAGAUCCUACAGGAGCCUCAGAGACUUUGAAGCUGGAGCAGUUGGUGGAGAACAUAGAUAAGAAGUCCUCCGACCCCAAUGAGUGUAUCAUCUGCCACCGGGUUCUUAGCUGCCAAAGUGCCCUUAAAAUGCACUACCGCACCCAUACUGGAGAAAGGCCAUUCAAAUGUAGAGUGUGUGGAAGAGCCUUCUCAAGCAAAGGCAAUCUCAAGACACACUUCAGUAUUCAUCGUUCCAUGCCAACCCUUAGAGUACAGCAUUCAUGCCCAAUAUGCCAAGAAAAGUUCACGAAUACAAUGGUACUACAGCAGCAUAUCCACAUGCACAUGGGUGGUCACAUCCCUAAUAUCCCACUGCAUGAGAACACCUGCUCGGUGCCCAUGGACCAGGACCCUGACUCUGUAGAAGAGAGGAACAUGGAAGUGGGUAGCUUCUCUAAUGAAAACAUAGCAUUUAUGGAAGCUGUAUCGGAUUCUAAGUGCUCAGACUCAUUACCAGACAGUUUAUCAUCUUCUCCUGCUUCUUCUGACUUUGCCAAAGCAACUGGAUCAGAGAGUCAGAUGACUAUCUCACAUGUGGAUGACCUGUCAGACAACAGGUUGAAAACUAUGGAGAAUGGAUCAAUGGAUAGAGACUACUUAACCUAUACAUCAUCUUCACUAAAUGGGAACCUUGGUGGUCAAAGCAGAAAAAUUUCAAUCCUCACUGAGACUCCAUCCUCUUGGGAACCCUCCUCUCCCAAUGGCUCUGUUUUUAAAAUACAUGGAUACACUAAAACUAACAGAAACAUGAUAUCUGCUGAACCAAAUGGCUCAAGUCUUUCACCGCCAAAUCUUACAGAGUUCAAACUACUAGAUGGAACAUCUGAAGAUGUCCCAAAAGACAGCAUGACCAUGAUUUUACCUUUCUGUGAGCGAGGAUCCCUGAAAAACAAUAUUUGUGAUAUCUGCAACAAGACGUUUGCUUGUCAAAGUGCUUUGGACAUUCACUAUCGAAGUCACACCAAAGAGCGCCCGUUUGUCUGCACUGCAUGCAACCGAGGGUUCUCAACCAAAGGUAACCUUAAACAGCACAUGCUCACCCACCAGAUGCAAGACUUACCUUCACAGUUGUUUGAGCCUGCAAAUCAGAUCCGGAUUUUUCCACCAAUUCAGUUUCUACCCACCACUGAGCCAAUCAUUACCUCAAAACGAAUCAGACACAAUAGGAUCAUUGAAAAAGAUUCUAAAGAUUCUGCAGCAGGUAUAGAUAGUGCUUCAGCUUCUACAAUACUCACUCUCUCUACUUCAAAAUUAACAGCAGCACCACUUCGACGAACAGCUAAACAGCACUUCUGCCACACUUGUGGGAAGACUUUCUCUUCUUCAAGUGCAUUGCGAAUUCACGAGAGAACCCACACCGGUGAGAAACCCUUCGCCUGCAACAUAUGUGGACGUGCAUUUACCACAAAAGGAAAUUUGAAGGUUCAUAUGGGAACCCACAUGUGGAGCAGUUCUCCAGCCAGACGAGGUCGCAGGCUUUCUGUUGAUGGCACUACCAUGAAAGAUGUUGUGGGCAGAGUGAAUAAUGGGGACUCCAAAGGCCUCUGGAGUCAGUAUGCCUCUCUCACUAGUGGUUUGGCUAUUAGAACAAAUGAAAUACCAUUAAUUAAACAUUGUGGCAUACCUCACUUGUCGAUUUCUGCAGGGCACCUGGAAAGCUUAGAAAAAUUGCAACUUAACAGGAAAUUACCUUGGCUUCAGAGUUUUAGUGAAGAUGGAACAAAUUUUCUCUUCAAGCAAUUGGUUGAGGACAACAAAACAGCAGUGACAGAUUGAAUUUCAUUGUUCUUUUUGGGAUGCAAUCCCAUAUACAUUCUAAUAUUAUGCAAUUCCAUAGGUAUGUGAUUUGAUAAGUAUUUUUGUUUGAGGGUAGUAUAUUGGGUUCCCAUUUAGUCGUUUCACUUGGUACAACACAUUGACUAUGGGAUAUUGUACUCUUGCAGAGAUACACUGAAGACACCUCUAUUCAUGCCUGAAAGGCAAUUGGUGCACAGUGAUGCCAGGUAGUCCCGCCCAUCUGGCAGGCAUAUAAAUACAGUCACCAACUACAUUCCCAUUGUUCUUUAGCUUUUCACUGCACUGCGAGAACACCUCACGCUCAUAGUUGUUAGUUUUAAAUGAGCAGCCCAAAACCAAGCACUAAAAUGCCUACAUUUCACCCCUGUCCUAUGGCAUGUGGGUUUGUAAUCUUCGAAAGAGAUACUCACAAGGCUUGCCCAGUGUGUCUCGGCAUAGCACACCAGGUCGGCUCUGACACAGCCCCAUGAAUGUGCACAUCGUUGCCUGCUUCAUUGCUCCGCUUUCGAAAGGCGUGUGAUUCCGCUCAGUGAAGUCAUAAAUAGGCAUGACCCCCACCUUUAGGCUUUUGCAGACUACAAUCUGUCUGAUAUGGAUGCACCGGAUUCCAUGACGAGCUGGGCUUACAGGGCUGGCACACUAACUGAGUUUGACGUGAUGUAAACUGGUGUGGGAGAGGGGUAUUGUAAUGAUUACAUGGAGUUUGACUCGUAUGAACGCGGGGCUGCAUAUUAGGAGAAUGUCACCAGUCUGGCCAGCAUAGUGGACCCUUUUCUGUCACUGUAACAUUGAGCAGCAGAUGCCCUGUCUGUGGAGUGGCCUGUUCCCCCUCCAACAGUAAAAAGACAUGGUUUGGGGGGGGGGUGGUAUUAUCUUUCCCCAGUUUCCGACUCCUCUUAUUCUCUGACUUCGAAGCAGAGCUUACUUCAAGCUGAAACAAGCCAAUGUCCCCUCCGCCGUUGGUCCCGGGAUUCAAUAAAUAUGUGGAUUUUGACUGUGCAACAGAAGCAGGGUUAGUCUCGCCGCUGCCUAUGGAGCAUUCUCUUGCUGUGCACUUAGCCCCUGCCCAAAAUAGUGGCAUUGUGGGUGCACCUACUCUUCCCUCUGGUCCAUACAGUUUUUUGUACAAGCAGCUGUCCAAAGUGUACACUGCUCAAUGACAUAGCUCUGUGACCUUGUUGCAGACCUAUCAGGUGAUGCAUUUAUGUGAGCUUGACAAGUCUGCGGGAAGAACUGUGAGGACACACUCUGCGAAACUUGGGCUACAGCCGACCACUUUCUCUAUACAGUGAGAUGUUCGGUGGUGUCGUUGGGAAGCGCUAUGGCCAGCAUGGUUAUGACACAGUGGCACCUCUGCUUGACACUUGUGACUUUGCCUGAAGGUGAUCAUAACGCUUUCUGAGUGCCCCAUUUUCCGUGUCCAGCCUUUUUAGUGACAUGUAGAAGGCCUUCUAGGCUCGUUUUGAGGACAUGAAGAAAAGAGCGUAGUCACUGAAGGAUGCCAUGCCACAUAGGGUAGUGGUGAGGCAGUUCUAAAGGAGUAAAUUACUCCUCUCCUCAGCAAGCAGGCAAUUAGCCCUGUCCAGAAAUCAAGCAUGAAUGUGGGUUUUUACAGCCGAUAUUUCCUUGUCCCAAAGACAGAGGAUUGCAUCCUAUUGUGGACCUAAGAAUGUUGAACAAACUUGCAAGUGUACAAGUUCAAAAUGCUCACACCUCAUCAGGUAUUACACUCGCCAUCACAAUUGGUUCAUGUCAAUCAAUCUGACAUAUGCUUUCUUUCAUAUAGCAGUUCACCAAGGUCACAGAGGUUUGCUUUCGAGGUAAAACUAUACAAAUUUCAUGUCCUUCCAUUCGACCUGUCUUUGUCACACCACGUUCAUAAACUUUAAUGCCACUGCGUUGUCAGGGUGUGAGUAUUCUACCAUACAUAGAUGACUGUCACACAUGAAUGCCUUGGCUAGACACAUACAGGCUCUGUGAUUUUCUAUAAAUCUCAAAAUGUUUGUCCUAUUUCCUUGCCAACAAAUUACAUUUCUUGGAAUGGAGCUCGACUACACUUGCAACAGAGCUUAUCUUUCGUGACAGAGAGAAGCUGCAUGUCACAAUUGUCUUUCUCUUUUUGAGCUGGGGAAUAAGCUGCACUUUAGCGUGUUUGUGCACUUGCUCUGCGGAUGGCCUCUAUGAUCUUGAUAGUCAAGCUGGGCCUUCGGUUUUCAGUGCUGGAUUCUGUCCAGUCGGGGUGUGGUCGGCCACAUCUGGAAUUAUUAGCAGUUUUUCUAGACCUAAAACAUUUUCUCUCAUAAUGAGAGGCCAACAUAUUCUGAUGCAAACGGACAACACAACAGUUGUGUGAUAUAUAAACAAACAAGGGGGAAGGCGGUCCCUCAGUCUAUUACGGCUGUCUCGCAUGCUUUUGAAGUGGUACGACAAACAUCUGCUAUCUCUCAGAGCGACACAUAUGCUGGGUCACCUGAACGCAGGGGGGAAUAGCGUAUUCACACCGAGGUGGUUUCUCAGAUUUGGCAUUUCACCCUCUACAGUGCACAAUAUAGUUAAAAGAUUCAAGGAAUCUGGUCAAAUCUCGGUGCGUAAAGGGCAAGACAAAAAACAUUUCUGAAUGCACGUAAUCUCUGAUCCCUCAGACAUCACUGUUUUAAAAAACGUCAUUCAUCUGCAAUGGAUAUCAUGAACAUGGGCUUGGGAUAACAUUAGUAAACCUUUGUUAGUCAACACCACUUGCUGCUGCAUCCACAGACUUUACUAUGCAAAGCAGAAGCCCUACAUCAACAAUGUCCAGAAGCGCUGCCUACUUCUCUGGGCUCGGUCUCAUCUUAGAUGGAAAGUAGAACAGUGGAACUGUGUUGAGGUGUGGAAUUGCCAGAGGAAGUGCAUGCACACUCAACUCAUGGCAUGACUACUUGUGGGCACUGUUAAAAGGGGUUUCUGUGUAGGACAUUUGUGUGGUGGUCAGUUGGGCUUCACCGCAGUCUUUUCUGCAACAUUGUAAUUUGGACAUCAUGGCAGCCUUAUUCUGUCCUUUUGGGGGGGAUCUGAGUGCUUAUACGCAUUGACUUGUAUUGUAGGAAUUAUUCACCCCAGUAAGUCAUUCAGACUUUUCUUAAUUAUCCAAUUUGGUGUUUUUCUGGCUUCACAAGGCAUGAAUAUAUGUCCCAUAGUCAAUGUGUUGUACCGAGUGAACCGUCUGAAUAGGAACGUAAAGUUAUGCAUAUAACUAUUGUUCCCAGAAGGAGGGAAACAAGGUACAACACCUCACAGGAUGACUUUGCAGUUGCUACAGUGCAGAGCCUAUUUGAUUGAUGGGAAUGAUGCAGGCUAAGGUAUUUAUAUACCUGCCGGGUAGGCGGGAAUACCCGCCAUUGCCAUGCAUCAAUUUCUUUUCAGGUGUGAAUAGAGGUGUCUUCGGUGUGUUGAACCUUGUUUCCCUCCUUCUGUGAACAUUGGUUAUAUGUAUAACUUUACAUUAUAGUGAAAUGAAAAUGUACUGUUGUGAACCUUGUUACCUAGUCAUGUACCUAUGUUACCUAGCCGAGACAAGUGUGUGAAUUAGUAUUAAUAAUGUUGGCUUGACACAGCCAACAUGCUGUAAUUCUAGAGACAUGUUUUAGGGGUUUUCAAAAAUCUCUAAACAAAGACCAAAAUUAAUUAAAGGAAUAGUUCACCCAAAAAUUCUCAUUAAUCACUUACUCUGAUGCCAUCCCAGAUGUGUAUGACAGUCUUUCUUCAGCAAAACACAAAUGAAGAUUUUCAGAGGAAGAUAGAGCUCUGUCAGGUCCUUAUAAU